AUGUCCGACUUGUCAGGUCAGAAGAGGCACCAGUCGCAACUCGCCGCCCGAUUCAGAGAAGAGCCCAGAGGCACGAAUGGAGGCGCAGUCGCCAGACGCGAUGUCGGUCACGAAGUCCAGAAAGAAUUCAAUGGCAAAUCGACAGCCCAACCACAACGUCAGUUUGCCCUUACAGACGGCAGGAUUCCACAGCAGCUCGAAUUUUCAACUGCAAAACCGCUGGAUGGCGCCGCUACAGCCUCAGUCAGCUGA